AUGCCUGCUCUGUCUAGCGAAUUCUCCAGUAGCGAGUUGAAAUCCGUCGGAAAUUAUACCCUCGGCCGGUUGAUAGGAAAGGGAUCAUUUGGAAAAGUUUAUCUUGCGACACAUAAGCUCACCAACGGCUCAAAGGUCGUUUUGAAAUCUGCUCACAAGGAUGAUGCCAAUCUUGCCCGCGAAAUUCACCACCACCGACAAUUUGUUCACCCGCACAUCGCCCGGCUGUACGAGGUGAUUGUGACGGAAAACUUGGUCUGGCUCGUCCUGGAAUAUUGCUCCGGCGAUGAGCUGUACAACCACCUCCUCGAACAUGGACCACUCCCUGUGGCCAAAGCACAAAAGAUAUUUUGCCAACUUGUCGGCGCUGUGUCAUAUGUCCACUCACAGUCAUGCGUCCACCGCGAUUUGAAACUCGAAAAUAUCCUGCUCGAUAAACACGAAAACGUGAAACUCGUCGAUUUUGGCUUCACGCGAGAGUACGAAGGCCGCACCAACUACUUGCAAACGUUUUGCGGCACAGUGUGCUACGCGGCACCCGAGAUGCUCAAGGGCGAGAAAUAUGCCGGCGAAAAAGUAGAUGUUUGGAGUUUGGGAAUCAUAUUAUAUGCCCUCCUCUGCGGGGAGCUGCCGUUCGACGACGACGACGAUAACAUUACACGAACGAGAAUUCUGUCCGAGGAACCGACGUACCCGGACCAUCUUACGCCCGAUGCUGUUUCUUUGCUCAAGCUCCUCCUUUCAAAAAGACCUCUUCCUCGACCGUCAUUUCCUGCCAUUCUAGCGCACCCAUUCCUAGCCGAGCAUUCUCCUGCACAACAAGCAAUUCUCGACGUCGAGGCACACUCCCCCUUUUCCACGACCCUAGAAAAGGAUUGUCUCCAACGUAUGCGAAGUGCCGGGGUCGACAUUGACGCGGUGAUCGAAAGUGUUACGGCGCAAAAAUGCGAUGCAUUGGCCGGCUGGUGGACAUUGCUGUUGGAGAAGGAACAACGGAAGAUGAUGAGGAGAGAUAGAAAACGACAAGAAAGGGAGUUGGAGAAGAGCGUGUGGAGGCUAUCUGCUGCCUCAAGCCGACUUGACCGCAUGACGCCGAUUUUGCAGGAUGUGGAUGAAGACGGUGGCCUGACGAGCCAGUUUAUCAGACACGGCUCCAGGAGAGGGAGGUCAGAACGAAGAAGCGCACACUACCAUGGCGACUGUACAGCGGCAGACUUGCCAUUUCUUCCAGAGUCUGGCCGGCCUCACGAUGACCUUCCGCCAACCCCAAUUGACAAGGACUCCAUUCGGUCUGUAUCCACGUCACGGCACCGUCGACCCAUCCCGCCACCAAAGGAAGGUGUGAUUCGCAGCGCCAGGUCCCGGGGAUCUACGUUGCAUUUGGUAACGACCUCGGACAUUCUUGGCGUCGGAACCAAUGGUAGCACGGUGCAACAUGCCCGGCAAAAUGGACCGCAAAAGACGAAGAAGAAGCACAGCCAAGCCAUCAUUGCCCACUGGAAAACCCUGUCGCAUUGGUUUAUUGAGAAUACGACAAAGCGAAGAAAGGGCCACGAAAGACGAACGAGUCGAAGUACACCCAACUUGCAUCUGAAGGAUAGUUCCGGUAACAGCGGGGGCCAAGAUGUCAGUCCGAGGCCUCAGACAAGCAAGUACCCGGCUACAGGUUAUGUCGACAACGGCCACCCAACGAUGCCCCUGCCAAGGGGCGUCGUGGCAAACGGUUUGGCCAAAGGAGGGCCAGUCAAUGAUCAAGCCAGUCCUCCCGCCCGGUCUCCUUCGAGCUCCUUCGUACCGCCGUCGGCUUACAUACAGCCUCUCCGACCACGGGUAGCGAGAUCGUCCGCCUACAAGCGCCAGUCGUUAUCUCCUGCUCCUGUGACUCCGCGGUCUGCUAUGCGCCGACCUUCUGCCGGGUUGCGGGGAAGAAAGUCCACCUCGUCGUCGGUCUCUUCCAUUCGAUCUAUGCAUCACCACCGCCAUUCGCAUUCCAAGGCUUCAUCAACCAGCUCAGCCGGCUCGGUCUCCACGUCGAAGACUCCCCUUGGACGCGGACAGUCGCCUCACCACUCCAUCAAGGUGUUACCGGCUACACCAACAGCCAGCUCGUUGCCCCCCAACAUUCGACUUGUCCGAGGGUCUCCAGCUCCGCCUCCGUUGCGUAUUUACGACGAAGAAAUGCCGAGUGGCAAUCAGCAGUUGGCUCCUGGCUCGCCAAAUCCCUUUUCUUCCGGGGUGCUGUUUGCCAAGCGAAAGAGAAGUAUAUUCAAGGGCCCCUCUUUGAACUUUGGCAACGCUGGCCGCAACGUAAACUCAGGAUCACAUUCGCGCAGCGGAAGCGGUUCGGCACUACGCCGGCGAUCUGGAGAAAUUACCAUCCAGGAAGAAGACGAGGAGUCGGUCGUUGAGGAAGAGGAGGAAGAAGAAGACGAGGACGAGUAUGAGGAAGUCGAGUCUUUCCAGCCUAUUAUCGGGAGGCCAGGCGAGAUUAUCGAAGAGCAGAUUCUCGAGAAUGAGCCAUUGCAAACGUCUGAAGUCGAGAGUCCCACAACCGAAACCACAACCACAAUGGUAGUCGUAGAUGCAGCAAAGUCAUGA